AUGACCUGGACCACUAUCAAGUCUGUGUACCUGAAAAUCACUCUCUCUCGUUUCUCCAUUGCAUUCUUUCUUUUCGUAUUCAUCCACUGCUUUGCGGAGGGCUUCAUUCAAGCAUUCAUAUUCUCUCAAGAUUCAACCGCCAGCAAUGUGGUUACCUCGAUCUUGCGGCAGACCAACGUCCCUCGCAACAACUUUGGCGUCCUGAAUUCACCCUAUGGCAACACUUCCCUCGAUGUUUGCAACAUGCUCCGCCCUGAUCUCAAGGAGCAACCUUGCGCGCCAGUGUUCCAGAAGGGCACGCCCAAUCUCCCACUUCCAACCGAGUUCAAUUUGACGUCCCACAUCUUCCAGCAAGGGCUUCAAGUCACUUCGACUGUUGGUGGCGGCGUCAAGGUUGUUCUGAACGAUAAGCCCAUACAGCUGAAUCAGAUGUGCACAUUGGUCUUGACGUACCCACAUCAAAUGCUCAUGAAUGCUCAGCGCGAGGAUGUCGUCCUCGUCCUUUCCCAGUUCUGGAUAUUUGCGCUUUCUUUCUUCGGGAUUGUCUACGACUCCAUCCCCCAUCUUGUCGCCGCAAUCUGCUGCCGGACUUUGGCGACGGCUUGGUCUAUGUAUAUCGUCUGGCGAAAUGGCGACAACCAGUACCGCUUCGCGAUGUUGUUGAGCUCAGAAGAUAGCCCGUGCAAGCCCCUUCAAUUGGACGACCUGUUCCCUGGUUAUUUUGCGUCGCGUCAAGCUCUCCAGAUUCCUGAUGUUACGCUAAACAUCAUUGCAUUCAUCCUCUCCAUCUACCUAUCGAGCAAGCUCAUCAAGGUAUAUAGCGCCAACACUUUCAACCGUGUCGGAGCGCCGCCUGCCAUCAUCCGCAUCUACAACUAUUUCUUGGCUGUCUUCGUGUCCUUCCAGGUUUCUGCCCUGCUGCUCGUCUCUGUCAUCUGCCUCUGGCUUGAUCAGCUCGUUAACCGCGACAAUGCCAUGUCUGGUUUCACCUUCCAUCGGACUUUGUACCUCGCCCUGAGCAUCUUCACCCUGGUUUUCCUUAUCCCGUGGAUUACGAUUGGCUGGUAUGCUGUACGGCGCGAACGGAAGCGGUUGAUGGUCGUUUUCCUGACCCUUGGCACCAUCGUCUUCGCAAGUUGGGUUUUGAUGCUCAAAUCUUGGAGCUUCGCCUGGACCUUCAUGAACUGGCCGUUCUUCUCCGUUCAGUUCACCGCAGCAAGUGUCUCGCUCCUCUCGACCAUCAUCUUCGGUGUCAUCUCGUAUCUGCAUUUUGACAAGGGCUUGGCUCACUACUUGUACGUCGACGAUCAACUCGCCAAAGCGGGCUUCGAACCGGAACUCUUCGAGAAGGACCUGGAGAAAGGCGGGGCCGAAGACUGGCGGGAGAUUGGGCUGGAUGAUAUUCCGACCUAUACGCUGCAGUUCUCGACGUCUUCGGACAGGAUCGGACAUGAUCACGAUUCCAAGUGA